AUGUUUGCAAAACCGAUCUUUUUAGCUUCCCUUCUCCUCAUCAUCUUCGUCUCUGCAACUCACUCAGCUCGUCAGAAGAGCGGUAACAAUGGUUUAGGAUUCGCCGGUGUACCAGGAUCUGGAUAUGCCGGGAUACCCGGCUUCGGAAACGGGUUUCCGGGUACGGGAGUCGGCGGUGGAUACGGCGGAGGGUACGGUGGUCCGAGCGGCGGGUACGGGAAAGGAGGUGUGGUGAGACCGACGGUGACUUGCAAAGAAAAAGGACCUUGUAACGGCAAGAAGCUGAGGUGUCCUGCCAGGUGUUUCAGCUCUUUUAGCCGCUCCGGGAAAGGAUACGGCGGUGGAGGCGGAGGUGGUGGAUGCACCAUGGAUUGCAAGAAGAAGUGUAUCGCUUAUUGCUAAUGAAAUAAUAAAAGUCCUAUCUUUAUAAUAUAUAUAGUCAUUACGAUGAUUAUAUUUAGUAGAUGGUCAUAAGGAUCCUUUUGGCUCGAUUCUAUUGUGGUAGUUUUUAUAUGGUUGUGGUUGAAUAAAUGAGGAAACUUCACGGUUUUCUCAGUUUGUGUGUUUGUUACUUUGUUGUAUGAGAGUUUAUGAUUUUUUUUAAUCUUUAUUAUUAUGAUUUUGAUUGGAUGCAUGAUCA